AUGCCGGCCCGGGCCGCGCCGCUGCCCCCGGCCCCGCUGCCCGCCGAGCUGCGCCGACGGCUGCAGGACCUGGAGAGGGAUGAGGAGACCCUGAGUGAGAAGGAGAGCGUCCGGGAGCGGCUGAGCCUGAUCCAGGGUUUCCUGCAGGCGGAGGCGCAGCGGCGGCUCGGGGAGCUGGAGGCCAAGCUGCGCUGCCAGGAGCUGUCCGAGGAGCGGUACCUGGCGCAGGUGAAGGCUCUGCUGCACCAGGAGCUCUCGGCAACGGCCAACGGGGCCACCAACGGGGCCACCAACGGGGCCACCACGGCGCCCAACGGGGCCACCAACGGGGCCACCAACGGGGCCAACGGGGCCACCAACGGCCGCGCCCCCAACGGCGCCUCGGGCAGCGACGAGGAGCAGGACGGGGCCGGGGACAUGGAGGAAGGGGUGGCCUCCUCCUCCUCCUCCUCCCCGUCCCUGCCGGGCCCCGGCCCCAGGGCGAGGAAGGCCCGGAGGAGCCGAUCCAACGGGGAGAGCAGAAAGUCUCCGGCCAGUUCCCGGGUCACUCGGAGCUCCGGCCGCCCGCCCAACCAGCCCACCCUGCUCAGCCUCUUCUCCAAAGGAUCCACCAAGAGGAAGUCGGAGGAGGUGAACGGGGAGGCGAAGCUGGAGGUGAUGAUGAGCGUGGAGCGGGAGGAAGAGGAGCUGGAGGACAAGGAGCAAGAUGAGAAGAGGAUUAAAAUGGAAGCCAGAGACGGGUCGGAGCUCAGAGACGAAAUCCCUCAGGUCAAAAUAACCACCCCUGCUAAAACCACCCCUCCCAAGUGCGUGGAGUGCCGGCAGUACCUCGACGACCCCGACCUCAAGUUCUUCCAAGGGGAUCCCGACGACGCCCUGGAGGAGCCGGAGAUGCUGACGGACGAGCGCCUGUCGCUGUUCGACGCCAACGAGGACGGGUUUGAGAGCUACGAGGACCUGCCCCAGCACAAGGUCACCUCCUUCAGCGUCUACGACCGCCAGGGCCACCUGUGCCCCUUCGACACGGGGCUCAUCGAGAGGAACGUCGAGCUCUACUUCAGCGGCGCCGUCAAGCCCAUCUACGACGACAACCCCUGCCUGGACGGAGGGGUGAGAGCCAAGAAGUUGGGGCCCAUCAACGCCUGGUGGAUCACGGGCUUCGACGGCGGCGAGAAGGCGCUGAUCGGCUUCAGCACAGCCUUCGCGGAUUACAUCCUGAUGGAGCCGAGCGAGGAGUACGCGCCCACCUUCGCCCUCAUGCAGGAGAAGAUCUACAUGAGCAAGAUCGUGGUGGAGUUCCUGCAGAACAACCCCGACGUCAGCUACGAGGACCUGCUCAACAAGAUCGAGACCACCGUGCCCCCCGCGGGGCUCAACUUCAACCGGUUCACGGAGGACUCGCUGCUGCGCCACGCCCAGUUCGUGGUGGAGCAGGUGGAGAGCUACGACGAGGCCGGGGACAGCGACGAGCCCCCCGUGCUCAUCACCCCCUGCAUGAGGGACCUCAUCAAGCUGGCCGGGGUCACCCUGGGCAAGAG